AUGGCUCUCCUCCUCUGGCAAACCCUAGUUCUCAACCCCGUCCACGCCCUCGCCCACCUCCCCUCUGCCGCCUCCGUUCUCGUCGGCGGCCGCCGCGGCCGCUCGAGCUGCCCCGAGAAGGUGGAGCUCGUCAAGGUGGAGAUAGAGGCUGAGUCGCCGGAGACGGAGCUCCUCGGCGCACGGCGCCUCGAGGAAGCAGUCCACCGCGUUCAGCCGGCCUUCCGCAGCGACGCCGGUGGCGGCUUAGGCGGCAACGGCAGCGGUGGCUUAGGCGGCGACGGCAGCGGUGGCUUAGGUGGCGACGGCAGCGACGGUGGCGGCUUAGGCGGCAACGGCAGCGGCGGCUUAGGCGGCGACGGCAGCGGCGGUGGCGGCUUAGACGACGGCGAUGGUGGCGGCUUAGGCGACGACGAUGGUGGCGGCGCGGCGACAGCGACGGCGACGACAGCAGCGGUGGCGGCUUAG